CUCGCCCCGGCUGCGCUGCUGUGUCUGCGCCUGGGCCUGGGCCUGGGCCUGCUGGACGGGGCGCUGGACGGGGCGCUGGCCGCGGACCUGACCGCCCCGGUCUAUGUCAGCAGCUGGGCCGUGCGUGUGUCCCAGGGCCCCCGGGAGGCAGAGCGCCUUGCUCGCAAAUUCGGCUUCGUCAACUUGGGGCAGAUCUUCCCUGACGGGCAGUACUUCCACCUGCGGCCGGGCAUGGUCCAGCAGGCCCUGACCCCGCACUGGGGCCACCACGUGCGCCUCAAGAAAGAACCCAAGGUGCAGUGGUUCCAGCAGCAAACACUGCUGAGACGAGUCAAGCGCUCCCUUGCAAUGCCCUCGGACCCUUGGUUCCCCCAGCAGUGGUACAUGAACCAGGAGAUGAAGUCGGAUUUGAACGUGCUGCAGGCGUGGAACCAGGGCCUGACGGGUCAGGGCAUCGUGGUGUCCGUCCUGGAUGACGGGAUCGAGAAGGACCACCCCGAUCUCUGGGCCAACUACGACCCCCUGGCCAGCUAUGACUUCAAUGAUUAUGACCCGGACCCUCAACCUCGUUACACGGCCAACGAUGAGAACCGGCAUGGGACCCGUUGUGCUGGAGAGGUGGCGGCCGCUGCCAACAACGGCUUCUGUGGCGCAGGCGUGGCCUUCAACGCCCGCAUUGGAGGCGUGCGCAUGCUGGAUGGGACCAUCACGGACAUCACCGAAGCGCAGUCACUGAGCCUCAAGCCACAGCACAUCCACAUCUACAGCGCCAGCUGGGGCCCCGAGGACGAUGGUCGCACCGUGGACGGCCCGGGCCUCCUCACCCGCAAGGCCUUCUGGCGUGGUGUGACCAAGGGCCGCGGCGGGCUGGGCACACUCUUCGUCUGGGCCUCUGGCAAUGGUGGGCUGCAUUACGACGACUGUAACUGUGACGGCUACACCAACAGCAUCUACACGCUGUCGGUGGGCAGUGCCACACAGCAGGGCCACGUGCCCUGGUACAGCGAGGCCUGUGCGUCCACCCUCACCACCACCUACAGCAGUGGUGUGGCCACCGACCUGCAGAUUGUCACCACGGACUUGCACCACCAGUGCACGGACAAGCACACGGGCACCUCGGCCUCAGCCCCACUGGCUGCCGGCAUGAUCGCCCUGGCACUGCAGGCCAACCCUUUCCUGACCUGGAGAGACAUGCAGCACCUGGUAGUCCGUGCUUCCAAACCAGCCCAGCUUCAGGCUGAGGACUGGACGACAAAUGGUGUGGGGCGCCAAGUAAGCCACCACUAUGGCUAUGGGCUGCUAGACGCGGGGCUGCUGGUGGACCUGGCCCGCAGAUGGCUGCCCACCUGGACCCAGAGGAAGUGUGUCAUCCGGGUCGUGCACAGCCCCAUCCCCAUCCUGCCGCGGAUGCACGUGAAGCGGCUCGUGUCCGCCUGCGUUGGCCACCACAACUUCAUCCGCUCACUGGAGCACGUGCAGGUGAAGCUGUCGCUGUCCUACAGCCGCCGCGGGGACCUGGAGAUCUCCCUCACCAGCCCGCUGGGCACCCGCUCCACGCUCGUGGCCAUCAGACCGUUAGAUGUCAGUGACCAGGGCUACAAGAACUGGAUCUUCAUGUCCACACACUUCUGGGACGAGGCCCCUCAGGGCCUGUGGACGCUGAGCCUGGAGAACAAGGGCUACUAUUUUAACACCGGAACGCUGCGCCACUACACACUGCUGCUUUAUGGAACGGCCGAGGACAUGAAAGCACGGCCCUCGGGCCCCCAGAACACCUCCCACCCGCUGACACCCUCGGCCCGCUCCACGUCUCCUCCCACGGGCAACGGCACCACCUCAGUGACACCCAGCAGGCGGUGACCACGGGGGCCUGGCUCCUGGCCGUGUCUCCCCACGCGCUGGACGCCUGCUCCCCACCUCCGUGCGAACAAGCCAGCAGCUGCUGCUGACCGUGACAGCCCAGCCGGGGGCCAGGGCGCCGGGCCCCAGAGAGGAGAUGGGGCCGGUGGAACCUCCUGGCUCUGGGCGAGACAGAGGACAGAGAGAGGACGGAGAAAAGAGG